AUGGCCGGUGUUAAUAAUCAAUCGAUUCACAGUAAUUAUACAUACAGCAUUCCAUCUGACCAGGGGUAUUAUAUGGACUCUAAUUAUACUUACAGUCUUCCUUGGGAUCAGAUGCACUAUACAGACCCGGAUUACGCAAACAGUCUCCCACCAGUUAGUAGAGGCUCUAAUGGCAUCUAUCUUCAACCUCCCAGUCAAGUUUGCUUUCCUUCUGAUACCGGGCCUCUCGACAAUAAUAACAUCUCCACGAGCGAAAAUGAACCGUUCUGUACCCCGCCCUACGGAUACGUUGAAAACAAUAAAAAUCGAGUCAACAACUCGGUUCUUCCGAUGAAUUAUAAUUCAAGCUAUCCAGGAGCAAAUACACUGAAGCCUGUGAUGGCGACGACUAUUUCCUUUCCACACGGUAUUCGUUACAAAGCCUACUGGGCAAAUAACGACGUCAACGAUUGGUCUGUUGAGUCAUUCGACAUGUUCUGGAUUCAAAAAAAUCCAUUUUUGCAUCAACGCCGUGCUCAAGCUCGUACUGCACUGGCUAAAGAGUUAGGUGUUCUUGAUACGGUGUCUAAUCAACAAGUGAAAGACAGAGUUAAGUCUUUGCGGAAACAACUUAAGAAGAAAAGUUCAAAGAUUAGUAAAAUCGUAUGGGAGAGAAGUGAGGAGAUCGCAAAGUCCAAAGUUGGUUUGACGCUUAGUGAACUGAUAGCAAAGAUGGACGUAAAGAUGACCAUUGUUGACGAAAUCGGCAAAUCUGAACGACAAAAAAGAAAGAGAUCCAUCAAGGAGCUUGACACUGAAGACGAGGUGAAUGAGGAUGAAGACCGGGAUGAGGUAGACUUGCUUGAGCAGUCAGUUGAGGUUAGUAUCCCGUUCAAUACCCUGGAUACAUGUACUCCAGCUUGGAUCGUUGAUGCUUGUCAAGCCAUACAAAAAAUACGGAAAAUGGACGAUGGACAUGAAAGUCCUAUGUGGUGGAGGAUAUUGGAUGUUCGCUCGGAUACCAAACGAGUUGGUGCUGCUCACAUGAGGGCCAAGGAGCUUGUAACAGAAGAGACUCUAGAAAUGCUCAUGCCCCGAAAAAUUAUUCUAAGAGGGAUUUAUGUAAAUGAAACAACGAAUGUCAUACUGAACAGGAUACAGUCCAUGUCUGUUUGCCAGAUGAUGUCUCAACUCCAGGAAUUCCCUGUUGUUGGAACUAUUGGGAUAGUUCGAAAUUUAUUCUUGGUCACAGACCGGCAUGCGGAUCAGGUUUCUUUAGAGGAAUUACUAGCAGACAGUGAUGAUGAGACUGAUAUUCGAGUUGGUAAAUCUGAUGCAAAAUUCGGAGAAGACCUACUUAUUACCAACGAAAAGAUAGAAGAACUCGCCCGUCAUGAGGAUAUCAUUGGACUCUCAUUUUGUUUAUAUGAAACCAUACGAUAUUUGAAAUCUGAUGCUCUUCACACUAAGAUGUCAGAGCGUACCAUAGAUAUACACAUAUACAGAUCGCUAUUUGAAAUGCUACGAAUAGGGAACCUUGUUCAGAUCCAUUACGGGGAGGCAGAAAGUCGAGCAUCCCGAGCUCGGAGAGAGCGCAUACUUCGAGAGAUUGAGUCUAAAAAGACACCACGGGGGGAUAAAUAUGAUUGGCUGAUUGCAAGCUUUCUGUUGCGCCCGAAUGAAGUGAGGGGAAUUGAAAUGGGCAUUGCAGAGAAUAUUGGGCCAAAUCAUGCUGAGACUGGUAAAAAACCAAAAAAAACUGCAGCAAAGGUUUUCAAAGGGAAUCGUGAUCAGUGGGAAGAAUUGAAAAAUAUCAUUCGGGAAGAGGCAGGUGGCUCACUGACAAAUACGCUACUAAAAGGGUUAUCAGCAGUACCCAUGAUCGGGAUUACCCUUGUGAAUUUAACCAUCCGAGCACAUUUGGUCUACAAUACUGGUGGCAAUUUAUUUGCAGUAUCGGAAUUUGGCCGUUGUCGAUUACCAGACACUAUUGACACCCUGCCAUCUGUCGUGGAAUGUAUACGCCUUUUUAUCCAAAUUCGAAACGUAAUGAAGCAUUCUGCAGAUAUCAUCCAAGCUUUGCUGAAGAAGGCCAAGGAUACUCGAAACAGUGUACUACACACAACUUGCAAGGAUGACAUUCCAACCAUUGAUGAUCUUGGAACACCAGCAAAACCGAAAACUAAAGCAAAUAAGAAAAGACGGACCAAGAAAUAUUCCUGA